AUGGAGCCUUUUGUGGUUGACACUGGUCCCUCUAACACAACUGCUUCUUUGAAUGACAUCGCUGCGACUCAAGCCAACGAGUAUCUUGAUAUAGUUUAUAUUGAUCUCGGAUAUCAAUUUGAAUAUCAGGACACGUUGACCAUUUUAGAAAGUACUGAAAUUGUGUUAUUGGGAGAUCUCUUCGGAUUGGAGUUAAGAUCAGGAAAGAUAUUUGGGUAUCAACGAAAGACAUUUAUACUAGGAUCAGAUGUUGAAAGAAUUGCUAGCAUGAGGGAAGUUACUGGAAACUGCAUAGUGGUAUACCAGAGGUACCUUCUUGAUUUAUUGACUCGAUAUAAAAUGCUGGAUAUGGUUGCUUUUGUUGACCCUUCAAUGAUCGGUGCAAUCCGGUACGGGGAUGGUCAUGCCCAGUCCCAGCAUAUCAAGGAUAGGCUUUUAACGGCAAAACCAAACCAGAUUUUCUUGCUGCCUUAUAACGCAGAUAAUCAUUGGAUGCUUACUGUUGUGAAUCCGGAGGAAAACAGUGUCUAUUUCAUGGAUCCGUUGAAGAGGCGGUUACCCACUGGAGAAUGGAGAUCAAUUGUUGAUACUGCCAUUGCUAUGUAUAAUGCACACAAAGGCAAGAAAGGCAGGAGUUCAGUUUUGUGGAAGAAUUUAGCGGGUAUUCCUCCCCAACCUAGCUCUACGGAGUGUGGCUACUUCGUGAUGAGAUACAUGCGAGAUAUAAUUGAAGAUAAGGAUCUAUCGUUUGUUCGUAAGUGGGAGAGGAGAAGCAACUACAUGUAUAGCCAAGAGGACAUUGAUGUAAUCCGGAAUGAGUGGGCAAAAUUUGUCGUCAAGUCAUAUAUGUAGGAGCCAUCAAGUAAUUGGUUGAAGGAGAUCGAGGGCAGUUUGUUC